AUGGAGUUUGUUAACGGAGGAAGUAACGCUAGCACACAUAAUGGUGUGGAGAAACUUGUGGGAACAAACUACAAGUACUGGAGAAUGUGUAUGGAGGCUUAUCUUCAAGGGCAAGACUUGUGGGAACUAGUUGCUGGUUCCGAUGCUGAGAUUCCAGUUGAUACUCCUGAUAAUUUGAUACGCAUAUUUUAUAUAGGGUUUUUCCAAAUUUAUGCGUAUGGAGUGAAGCGUAGCAAUUUGGAGCAAAUUGGAAAAAAGCUGGAAAAAGUGCCUAGUUCCUCAAAAUUUAUGCGAAGUUCAAAGGAUAAGGAAUUAUUGCCUUUUAAUCCCGAGAUUGAGAAAACUUGCAAGAAACUAAAUAAGCAACGGAAAGAGCGAAUCUCCGCACAAAGGGCACUUCGGCGUAUUGAGUUUACUAUUGAACAAGAAAGUUUUGAGUUGAAUUUUGACACAUUCGAACUCGGAACAAUGGAGGAAGAUAGAUCUCUCAAACAUCACAUGUUACCAUCUCUUGAUGACGCCACAACGGGCAUUGCUAGACCUCAUGUCGCCGCAAAUAACUUCGAGAUCAAGCCGGCGUUCAUUCAAAUGAUCACUCACAACCUCUCAUUCAAUGGGUUGCCUAGUGAUGAUCCUUAUGAGCAUAUUAUGAGCUUCUUGGAAUUAUGCAACACCUUCAAAAUGAAUGGGGUACCAGAUGAGGCAAUUUAUCUCAUUUUAUUUCCAUUCUCUUUGAAGGAUAAGGCCAAGAAUUGGUUACAAAAUUUGCCUCGAGGUACCAUCACUAAGUGGGAAGAUCUAGCUAAAAAGUUUUUGGAGAAGUUUUAUCCUCCUUCAAAAACGGCGAAGCUUCGCAUGGCUAUUACCACAUUUGCUCAACAAGACUUGGAGAGCCUCUAUGAAGCUUGGGAACGGUUCAACGAGUACCUAAGGAAGUGCCCUCAUCAUGGAGUUCCGGAUUGGCUAGUGGUAGAAACUUUCUUCAACGGGCUAAACGGAGCAACAAGGAUGAUGCUUGAUGCGGCGUCCGGGGGGAGUUUUAGAGCAAAGGAGCCCAAGGAAUGCAAUGCCUUGAUUGAAACCAUGGCGGCCAACAAUUAUGAGCGGUCCUCAAUUCGCAAACCGGUUGGAGUCCAUGAAGUCGAAGCUAUUUCAGCUUUAGAUGCCAAGGUGGAAGCUCUAACCAAGAAAAUCGACAAAUUGGCGAUUCCGCAAAUUACAUGUUGCCUUUGUGGUGGAAAUCACGUCAUGGAAGAUUGUAGCAUGAACAAUGCUCACGUGGUACAAGGGAUGGAGCAAGCCAAUUAUGUGGCUAAUCAAGGAAGAGGCCAAAAUAAUCCCUACUCUAAUACCUACAAUCCGGGGUGGAAAAAUCACCCAAAUUUUUCAUGGAGCAACACUCAAAAUGUGGUGAGGCCUCCACCCGGAUUUCAAACUCAACCUCAAGAACCAAGGAGACCAAGUUUGGAAGACAUGUUAAUGCAACACAUGCAAAAGACCGAUUCGCUUCUCCAAAACCAACAAGCUUCCAUCAAAUCAUUGGAGAAUCAAAUUGGUCAACUAGCACUUUCCAUGUCUACUCGCACCAAUGGGUCUUUGCCUAGCAACACCGAGGUCAAUCCAAAGGAACAAGCUAAGGAAAUUACUUUGAGGAGCGGAACCAUACUAGAGGGACCAAAAGUUCCUAAUGAGGUGGUAAUAGAGAAGGAAAGCGACAAGAUCGGCAAGUCGGAAGAAAAGGGAGAGGAAGUAAUUUUGAAGCCAUAUGUUCCUAAACUUCCUUAUCCUCAAAGGGUGAAGAAAGUAGAAGAUGACAAGAAUUUCUCCAAAUUUCUUGACAUGUUCCGCAAGAUUCACAUCAACAUUUCGCUUACCGAGGCAAUUUCCCAAAUGCCUAAGUAUGCUAAAUACUUGAAAGAAAUCAUCUCAAAUAAGCAAAAAUUUGAUGAUGUGGGAACGGUCACGCAAACCGAAGAAUGUAGCGCACUCAUUCAAAACAAGCUUCCUCAAAAGGCGAAAGAUCCGGGAAGCUUCACUAUUCCAUGCAUCAUUGGCGAAACGGAAUUUGGUAAGGUACUUUGUGAUCUUGGUGCAGGCAUUAAUUUAAUGCCUUUGUCUAUUUGCAGGAAAUUAGGUAUGGUGAAGGAGAUGAGGAACACUACCGUUUCUCUACAAUUGGCGGACAAGUCAAUUACUUACCCAAGUGGAGUACUUGAAGAUAUCCUAAUCAAAGUCGAUAAAUUCAUAUUUCCUAUUGAUUUUAUUAUCCUUGACAUGGAGGAAGAUAAAGAAGUUCCACUCCUCUUGGGUAGACCUUUCCUUGCAACUAGCAAAGCCAUCAUAGAUGUGGAAGGAGGUAAGUUGACCUUGAGAGUAGGUCAAGAAGAGGUAAUUUUUGAAAUGUAUUCUUCUUUGAAAUAUCCCAUGGAAUAUGAGGAUUGCUUGCGUGUAGACAUUAUUGACCAUUGUGUAGAUGAAUAUGUUGAUAUAGAACAUGAACCUUUGCAUGAUGUGAUUUUUGAUGAUCAUGAGGUGAGUCCUUGUGAAAAACAUGGUAAUGAAGAGCACAUUUAUGAAAUACUUCAUAGGGAAUCACAACCGGCCUUACCAUCUAUUGCAUGUCCACCUAAGCUUGAGCUUAAACAAUUGCCCAUGCACUUAAAGUAUGUCUUCCUAGGAGAUAACUCCACUUUGCCGGUCAUUAUUUCUUCAUCUUUAAGCGAAGUGGAAGAAACUAGUCUUUUGCAUGUUUUGAGAACUCACAUUAAGUCCAUAGGUUGGAGCAUAUCCGACAUUAAAGGAAUUAGUCCUUCUCUUUGCAUGCAUAAAAUUCUCAUGGAAGACUCUCACUCACCCACUAUUGAGCACUCACGUAGGUUAAAUCCUAAUAUGAAAGAAGUGGUUAAAAGUGAGAUUAUUAAACUUUUAGAUGCAGGAAUUAUUUAUCCUAUCUCGGAUAGCAAGUGGGUGAGCCCCGUGCAAGUCGUACCUAAAAAGGGUGGCACAACCGUCAUUGAGAAUGACAAACAUGAGUUGAUUCCCACUAGGAAAGUCACGGGAAUUGAAGUGGACAAGGCAAAGAUUGAGGUGAUUGAAAGUUUACCCCCUCCUAUUUCGGUAAAAGGCAUCCGUAGUUUUCUUGGACAUGCGGGUUUUUAUAGAAGAUUCAUAAAAGAUUUUUCCAAGAUUACUAAACCUCUUUGCCAUCUCUUGAAUAAAGAUGUGACUUUUGAAUUUGACAAAGAAUGUUUAGGUGCCUUUAAUCGAAUUAAGAAGGAGUUAAUUUCAGCACCUAUAAUCAUCGCCCCGGAUUGGAAUCUUCCAUUCGAGUUGAUGUGUGAUGCUAGCGAUUACGCGGUCGGGGCUGUUUUAGGCCAAAGAAGGGAUAAGCGAUUGCAUGUUAUCGCUUAUGGAAGUCGCACUCUCAAUGAUGCUCAAAUGAAUUACGCCACAACGGAGAAGGAAUUAUUAGCUAUUGUCUUUGCUUUUGACAAAUUUCGGUCAUAUUUGAUGGGAUCAAAGACAAUUGUUUUCACCGAUCAUGCGGCAAUCCGGUAUCUUCUUACUAAGAAGGAAGCUAAACCUCGACUAAUUCGUUGGAUUCUUUUAUUGCAGGAAUUCGAUCUUGAGAUUAAAGACAAGAGCGGAGCGGAAAAUCUUGUAGCGGAUCACCUAUCUAGACUUGAGCGUGAGGAUGAUCCAAACAAUGAACCUCCAAUCAACGAAUCAUUCCCCGAUGAACAACUAUUCGCCAUCCAACAUUCUACAAGUGAGGUACCUUGGUUUUCUGAUUUUGCAAAUUUUCUAGCAUGCAAAGUUCUUCCUAAUGACUUGACUUAUCAACAAAAGAAAAAAUUUAUGCAUGAUGUCAAGCAUUACUAUUGGGAUGAACCAUACUUGUACAAGUAUUGUUCCGACCAAAUCAUUAGGAGAUGUGUGCCUAGGGAGGAGGUAAAAAGUAUUUUAAAUCAUUGUCAUGCUUUAGAAUGUGGAGGUCACUUUGGUCCGUCUCGAACGGCGGCUAAAGUACUUCAAAGUGGCUUUUAUUGGCCCUCGUUGUUUAAAGAUACCCAUAAGUAUGUGAUGUCAUGUGAUAGAUGUCAACGAAUGGGAAACAUAUCCAAGAGGAAUGAGAUGCCACUAAACAACAUUUUGGAAGUCGAAUUGUUCGACGUUUGGGGAAUUGAUUUUAUGGGACCUUUUCCAUCAUCAUAUGGAAACAUGUACAUUCUUGUGGCGGUGGAUUAUGUUUCUAAAUGGGUGGAGGCCAUUGCUUUACCAUCAAACGAGUCAAAACAUGUGCUAAAUUUUUUAAAGAAAAAUAUUUUUACUCGUUUUGGUGUCCCUCGCACAAUUAUUAGUGAUGGCGGAUCCCAUUUUUGUAAUCGCUAUAUGACCACUCUUCUUUCCAAGUAUGGUGUUUCUCAUCGUGUAGGUAUACCUUAUCACCCGCAAACUAGUGGACAAGUGGAAGUCUCUAAUCGAGAAAUCAAGCGGAUCUUGGAAGCAACGGUCAACUCUUCACGGAAAGAUUGGGCAUCUAAGCUCGAUGAUGCUCUUUGGGCUUAUAGAACGGCUUUUAAAACACCUCUUGGUAUGUCACCAUAUCGAGGGGUGUUUGGUAAAGCAUGUCACCUUCCGGUGGAACUUGAGCACAAAGCGUAUUGGGCGAUGAAAUUGCUAAAUUUUGAAGCGGGGGCCGUAGGGAAAAAGAGACUUUUACAAUUGAGUGAGAUGGAAGAGAUUCGCCUUCAUGCUUAUGAAAACGCCCGGAUAUACAAGGAACGUACUAAAAGGUGGCACGACAAGCAUAUUCAAUCUCGUGAAUUCAAGGUUGGACAAAAAGUGCUUCUUUUUAAGUCUCGCCUUAGACUAUUUCCGGGUAAGUUAUCAUCACGUUGGUCAGGUCCAUUCACCAUUACUCAAGUCUUUCCACAUGGUGCAAUAGAAAUCGAAGGUACGGAUCACAAAUUCAAGGUGAAUGGUCAAAGACUUAAAGUGUAUCAUGAUGAAGGUGUUGAUAACACCGAAACCGUUGCUCUUUUCGAUUAA